UCAAUUUCAAUACAACCUUAAAUGGCGUAUUGAAAACCUAUCGUAUAUAUAACAUUUUCUUUCUAACGUCUGAGGUCUAGUGUAAGAUAUGAAUAGGUGGGGAAAAGUGGAAAAUGGUCGGGAAAUAUUUGUAUUUCAGAGACUCAGUUGAUAAGAGACGUCUUUUUCUUGUAAUAAUAUUGUCAUGCAAUGUGUUAAUAAAUGUUUAUUUUAUUUAAAUACGAAAUGUGGAGGAGAUAUAGAUGUGGUCGAGUUUAUACGCACCGAAAUGGUUACGCUGUAAAUUGAAUUUAGUGGAUCCACGUACUGUUGGAGUAAAAAAUCAUAUUUGUAAAAAUGUUUACAUAGUCAGGCAAUAAGAAAUAUGGCUAGGGAUGGAGACGUGCCUACCAUUUUCAAUCCGAAGAGAGUACGUACGCCUUCUGUUAUAAUAACUAGUGAAGAGGUAGCGGAAAGCGUACAAGGUGGUGUUGGUGAGCGCGAACGGCCAAAUGGUCCGCCCACCCCACUUAGUCCACGAGCGCCGCUUACCCCUCAAACUUCUGUAUCUUCAGCUCCUCCGCUCACAACUCAGCCUUCAUUACAGCAGGCCUACAGCGAAUCUGCAGGAAGUAGUCAAGAUGAAGAGCGCCAACUGCGUGAUAAAAAAUGCCCGCGUUCAUGCUGCUCAAAAGUGGCCAAGAAGAUGUACUAUGGCCUUUGUGUCACGACCACUAUAUUUGCAUCCUGGGUAACUGUGACACAUUGCAUAAAAUACAUGUACCAUCAGAAGUACCCACACACCGAUAGUUCUUUAAGCAGCACUGAAUCUCCUAUAAAUAAUAAUUAUACAUCCAGAAUUCGCACACAUCAUUAUUACAAUGCACCAUUCUUCACGGCAUGGUUCUGUACAAAUUGGCUAAUAUUCUUCUAUCCUCUAUACCUGAUCAUCAUGCUUAUACACAACAAGUGCAAAUCAGCGAAUGCCAUUGUCGCAGACGCCUUCACGGACUUCAAGGAAAAGGGAUUCACAUUUGCCCGCUUUCUAAGUCGCUGUGGUCUAUUCUGCUUGCUGUGGGUGGUGACCAUCUACAUGUAUACUUACGCCUUGAAGAUACUCCUCUCGACCGAUGUCGUGGCUCUCUUCGCCACCAACGUAUCGUGCGUCUAUUUGCUUUCGUGGGUCAUUUUGCACGAGCAGUUCGUCGGUGUUAGGAUCGUGGCGGCGAUCCUGUGCGACACGGGCAUCGCGCUGCUGGCGUACAUGGACGGCAUCACGGGCAGCUCCACGCUGGGCGGCGUGGUGCUGGCGGCGUGCGCGGCCGCCGGGUUCGCCAUAUUCAAGGUGCUGUUCCGCAAGGUGAUGGGCGACGUGAGCACGGGGCAGCGCGCGCUGUUCUUCUCCAUGCUGGGCGUGGUGAACGCCACGCUGCUGUGGCCCGUGUGCCUGGCGCUGUACCUCACGGGCUCCGAGCAGCUGCCGGCGCACCGCAUGCCGUGGCUGCCGCUGCUGCUCGCCAGCGCGGCGCUGCUCGUUUUUCAUUUGGUAUUCCAGUUCGGUAAUCUAAUGACGUACAAUAUAUUUGUAUCUCUCGGACUUAUUACAGCUGUUCCUGUAUCCGCUGCUCUCGAUGUCGUGCUGUACGGCGUCGAGUUCGAAGGUAUGAAACUGGCCGGGAUCAUAUUGAUAGCUGUUGGCUUUUUCCUGGUCAUGUUUCCGGACAACUGGCCUGAUUAUAUAAUGAGACUUUUGAGGUGGAGCCGGCGGCGCCAGCGCGGCGCGGACGGCGCGGGCCGCAGCCGCGACGCCGUGGACUACCGCACGGGCUACAUCCGCUCGCACCUGCGCUCGCCGUCCGGCCGCGUCAGGUGACCGCCUCGCUGCGAGCUCUCUCUGCCGUGACGGCCGCCGCCCGCCGUCCCCCUCGUUGCGUUUCGGGCGUCGCCUCGAAUCGGGCCGGCCGACUUCGAUGUUAGAAAAGAUUCCGGAGGAGCGACUGAAUUUCGUAAAUUUUGGGUUCGUCGAUUUGGGCUCUAGCUCGCGGUUCCGUUUGAGGUCGUUCGCUAGAAACGGUAAUUGUAUUGACGCUCAACGUUUGAAAUGAUAUGACCGCGAUCGCCCCCCCGCUUCCUCGUUCUUAUAUGUCCAUGCGAUAUUUUGGCAUCAUUGACAGUCGCCACUUAUCGUGGUCCACUCGAGUGAUCUGAAUAAUUUCCAGCAAAGAAACCGCCUCGUCAAACUUUAAAACAAUUUAAGUUUUAAAGCGAUGUAUUUUGUAUUCUUGAUUAAAAAAUUAUUAAAACAGUUUUUCAUUCUAACUUAUUAUUGUGCGAACAGUUGUUUUUUAAAUACCGAAGCAACGCAAAUCAUUUAUUUUAUGUCUACGGACGGAAGCAAAAAUAACGAGUAUGCAAAUCGUGCGUUUUUUAAUUUUGGCGACAUAGCAUUUCAACGCUUGAGGAACCAUUAAUGAAAGAAAGAAGUUGAGCUCAAAAUUAUAAAUAGCUAACAUCGUAUGCGUUUUUUAUGGAUCUGAUUUGAUUGAAUUUAUUUUAAGGUUAUUAAUAUUUGUAUAUAAAUUGCGUUAAUGGAAACAUACUUUAUAUUGUUGGAUAUAUUUGGAGACAUGAAUCCUGUUCAUAUCUAAGGGAAAUGUUUUAACCUUUUAAAGCACAUUAUAUCUAAUGUUUGACGUUGAGCGUUUAAAAAGUAACUCUUUUAAUUCUUCCAUACGAUUAUGAUUCUAUGUAUUAUUUAUCCUUUUUUUUUAAUUCCACUACUUCAUAGCAAAUGAAUAAUAUUAUAAAGACAGACCGGUACUAAACGAAACAUUUUGAACAGUGUUGCUAGUGUUUUAAAAAAUAUAACUUUUUUAAAACGACUGACGAGCCGGUUGGCGUGGUUGGUAGAUACCUGCCUUACACGCCGAAGGUUGUGGGUUCGAUUCCCGCCCAGGAUAGACAUUUGUGUGCAUGAACAUGUGUGUUUGUCCUGAGUCUGGGUGUAAUUAUCUAUAUAAGUAUGCAUUUACAAAAUAAAUAUAGUAUAUGUAAUAUAUCAGCUGUCUGGUUUUCAUAGUACAAGCUCUGCUUAGUUUGGGAUCAGAUGGCCGUGUGUGAAUAAUGUCCCAGGAUAUUAUUAUUAUUAUAUGUUAUCCUGUAAAUAAAUAUCGAUCAUAAUGUCACCUCAAAAGAAGACUCAAAGUACCAUAUAUUUAAUUUUAUCGCAAAAAUGUGCAAUUUUCGUUUAGUAAAGGUUUCGUCUUUGUAAGUGCGGUAUGCGGAAUUUAAUAAACGCAAACAAGCUUGUUUAGUUAUUACAUCAUUAAACUUAGGAAACGAUUUCAGAAAACUCAAAACCCCGAUAACAAGAAAAUCGAAAAGAUAUAAUUCGUUCUGUUAUUCUAACGUUAAAAUAUUUUGUUUAUAUGUUGUAAAAAAAUCGUAAAAUAUCACAAUUGCAAUCGGAAGUUUUAUAUGAAUCUUAAAACAUAAAAAAUAAUUUUACUUAAAAAAUAGGUAGGGAUAACUAUUUUUAAAGAUCCAACCACACGCACCUAUGAUGUCAAUAUCGUAAUAAUAGCGAGUAUUAAAGCGUCAUUUCUAAAAAUUGUAUAAAAAAAGAAAAACAAGUCCUAUAAUUACGUAGAAUUCAUAAAAAAAGGAAAAAAAAAAUUAAGAAAAACUGUUGAUAACUUUAUUUUUUUCCUUUGAAAAGUUGACUGUUUCACUUUUAGACUGAUUUCAUACAAUCUCGAGCUGUCAAAAUUUUUAAUGUAACUAAGACAAAAUAUCUUCGUUUUUAUUUAAUUUUGUUUUGUUGUGAUUAAAUUAUUUCCAUCAAUAUUUAUUAAAUAGUAUAUAUGUAUUAUAAUUUUUUAUUCGUUUGUUUCGAAACCAACCUUGCGUUCCUAAAACAAAACUUUAUUGCGUAACCUUAGAGACUUACUUGUCUCAAACGGUUGGAAUUUUGAAUCCUAAAUUAAUAUUUGAGGCGUUUUUAAAAUAAAAUUUAUUUAAAAUUGUGAAUAAUGAUCGUUAUAAAGGUAGACAGUAGUUGUAAUAAGUUUAAUUGGAUCGAAAAUAAUUGGCCACAAAGCACAAUGAAUAAUGCGAUUGAUGUAAUGCCAUAUAUUACAAUAUUUAAUAAUAUCUCUCUGUAUGACUAGGGUAUAAUAUUGAGUAACAUUUAUUAUGGAAAUAUAGUAACUCAUACAGUUAGUUUUUGAAAGAAAAUAAAUAUAUUAUGCCCCAGUGGUUAUAUAACCACUGGCAUUGCUAUAUAGCAAUGUCCUCAAAUUUUCUUCAGAUUCUUACAAAUGAUAUAAAUACCGAAAAUGUUUCCUAUAUAUAAAUAUAUAUAUACUAUUUAUAAGCUACUUAAAUUGAUGUUGUGAUACCCAGUAGGUAGUGUAGACUAGAAAUUGAAAGUUAGCAAUUUUAAAUGUUCAUACUUUAAAAUAUUAAAGUUAGCUUUCUCUGAAAAUAUAUACAUAUUGAAUACUUAAAUAUGUAUAUAAUCAAAAUAUAUUAUCAGGGUAUAAUAUACAUAUACAGUUUUAAUGUUAUAUAUAUUAAUACUACGAUUAUAAGUUACAUCGGAAGUUUUCGGACGCGCAGCGUUGGACACAUAGCACUACAAGCCAACAAACAACGCCGGCUUGUGGUCAGGGUAAAGCGAGAUUGACUUUCAGCGUCAUUGGGUCAUACGUUCACUUCACAUAAAUUGCAUUUUGAUUAAUAAUAUAAAUUUCAGUUAUACAAAUAAUAAUUACAAAACUUAUAAAAUUCAAGCAAAGCCUUCAGAUUAUGUGGAUAUAAUGAUAAUUACCCCUGAAAAUUGUGUUUGACAUUUUCGUAUGGCGCCUAGAACGAUCUCCCCUCUCUUUUCCCCAGAGCCGGCGCUGCCAACGAACCAUAGACUAACAUAUAAAACAUUAGUUAUCUGUUAUGUUGCUUGUUCAUAGAUUUUUACCUUGUUAUGUGUAGAUUUUAUGUUAGCCGUAGACAGAGAAACAAAUAGACCAAGGGGCCGUGAAACCGCGAUUGAGACAGAGAUAGUUUGUUAAUGUGUGCGUAUAAUGUUGCCAUAGGACCUUUCAGGAUUUAAUUAAAACAAUUAUUUAGUUUAUUAAAUUUUACUUUUUAAUAUUUAUUAUACUUUUUUUUUUAAUUAAAAUAUUUUUUGUUUUCCAACUACACCCAAAUACUGUUGCAUUGUUUGUUUUUGUUUCCGUUAUCAAUAGUACUUCGGCAUCUUUAUAUAGUACGGGAUAAGCAUUCUCCUCAGAAGUUGAAAUCUAAAACACUCAAUUAAAUUAUUACUAAAGAAUGGUUGCCACAUAUAUUUCUGUUAACCUCUUGAAUCGGAAUCUAAUAAUAUUAUAUUUCAUGAAAAUUGUUAAAUAAUGUUGUCGUUAGGGAAUUAUAAAAAGGAGAACGAAUAAAUUAAAAUAACAUAUUAACAUAUAACGAAGCACUUUAGUUUAUUUACUAUAUUAUUGGACUCCAUAUUUAUUUGUUUACAUUGUAGACGAGUCGACAUUUUUUAUCGAAAAUCGGGACAUUUUUUUAGGUGACGCUGGCAGCACUUACAUGAUAAAUAAUUAUAGGUUAUGAAUGAUAAAAACUGGAAAAUCCUAUUAUCUUUGGGAUUUUAUUCAAUAUAAGGUUCCGUCAUGCUAUGGUAUAAAUAAACAUCACUGAGAAACUAUAUUUAGGGACAAAAUAGUCGUUCUUAUGCGUAAAAACAGACGCCGGCAAUUUUCUUUUUGCUAUCAAUUUAUCAUGAAAUAAUACGACAAUGCACCAUUGUACAACCUUCGUGAUAUGAUAUAAGGAUUGUUUUUGACCUUUUCACUGGAUUAGAAUCGUUUUCUAACAUAAAAGUAAGCGAAAAUUUAACAAAAAACACAAUGAACGCAACAACUGUCAAGUUUCAACGCCAAAACUGGUUACGCGAUAAGGGACAAAAGAUUCAAUAAUUCUAUCUCUGUCUAAACAAUUAUUAAUUGAAAAAGUAAUUUUCGUUCUCUUUCUUGUGUAAGUGAAAAGGAAAUCGUCAUUUCGUCUAUUAGUUUCUCUGUUUACGAUGUUAGCUUACUGCAAAACAUCGAAGUAACUUAUAAAAAUGGUAAUACACCGAAAAUAUUUCAAUUUAUAAUAUAUUUAUUUAUAUUUUGUAAUGGUUUUGUUUUCUAUAUUGUUUGUUUUUUAUCUUACAAUAUUUAAUUAACCGCCCCAACGAAAUGAUAUAAAUAAUUUUAUAUUGUUAUUAGUGGUAUUAAUUAGUGACACGAUAAGCGAAAAAGCAAAAGCCAAAUAUAAUUACAGUUCAGUUUGACAGAAUCAAAAGUAUUCCACGCUUAAUGUAGUGUGUGGUCAAUUCCUUUUUAGGUAAUUAACUCAUUUUAAAAUGUAUACCGCAAUUAAAUACUUAAAAAAAUUGUUUAUUAGCGUAAUAAUAUAUAAUUUUGAACUGAUCAUAGACAUAUUAACUCUAUAGUUCUACGCACAUAUCACCAGACUUAAAAAAAAAUAGUAUGUGUGUAUUUAGUUCAAUUAUUGCAUUGGUUUUAAAUAUGAAUAAUAAAUAUUGAUGCUAAAAUCACGAUUAUAUGUUUAUAUUGUGCCCCGGAUGCUGAGAUAUUGUGUAAAAUAUUCAUAAUCAAAAAUUGAUUUAAGGAACUUGGAACUAUAAAAUCAAAAUUCAGUAUGUUUAUUUUAUAUAAAUAUAAUUGGUGCUAAAUUUGGUUAUAAGAUCCUUCGGCAUAUAAGAAAUGCUUAGCUCGGUUCUAUAAUUGAGAUUAUUCCAAAACAAAUAUUUGGUGAUAUGUAAGAAGAACUUUUUAUUAUUAUUGUAAGUCAUGUCCGUAUUCGGAUAUUUUUAAUAUUCUGUGCCACUUUUGUUUACAAAAUCCGAAUGGAAUUAAAUCAAUGGCGUACCUUAAUACCAAACUAGUAUUGUCUGUAUUGUAUAUUUUUAUUGUUUAAUUUAAGCUGUGAUUUGUUGUAAAAAUACCAUACUAUGUAAAUAGAAUUUUUAUUGUGUGAUGUGUAAUAGUUAUUUAUAAUUUUAAAACAAUGACAACAAUACACUUUUUAAUAAACUGUUUUCAUUUUUUUUUUUUUUUUCGUUUUUCGUGUUUAGAUAUAUUGUGUUCCCGGCUAGAGUAAACAUAAGAUGUCAUUCAAAUAUAACGCGACCUUCGAUCAGGAGAAGUGAUCGCCUAUGUGAGGUCUGCAAGAGUAAUUUGAGGUAUCUUUCGCAGUUUCUGUGUACAUAUAUGAUUAUAAUUUACAUAGUCGGGCCUUUGUUACUUUUACAUUAAACGAACUUUCUAGUCUAGUCCAGCGACGUUACUCGUCGAGUAUAUUAACAGUGGACGGAGAUAUGAUACAUGAAGAUAUUUCGUUUUUUUAAUAUGUUUAAAAAGAUUUUAAUAUCAGUUUGUCAUAGCAGGAUCCAUUUUAUUAUUUCCGGUAUUGUUGAAAGUUGACAACAAUAGCAAUCGUGAGAAUAAUAAAAAAAACAUAUAUCCAGGAAGGUUUUUGUUGGUUUAUAGUCGUUCGAAUGUAGAAGUAGCAUGAAUGUAUAAACUAUUUAUAUGUAACGUUCAUUGUGUAAUAAUAUAAUAAUUAUUUUAUAUAAAAGUUACAAGUUGGUAACAAGUUGUUGGAGAGGUGGGGCUCCGUUCUUAUUAGCGCUAGUGGAGUCAGCUUUCAAAGCUUUUUAAGUCCGUCAUUUAAAUGAAAUAUGAAAAUGUUAUAUAGUCAAACAAAAUAGGUUUUAUAUGGAAGCAGGAUUUUUUUUUAUUUUGUUUUUGUUGUUGUUGUAAAUUUGUAUAGUAUUGAAUGUCUAGUCCAUGAGUAUUUAAAAACAUUUUUUAACUAAUAUUCUUAUUUACAUAGUAUAUAUAUAUAACAAUGUUACCUCCCUGAAAAUAAAUUAUUAUCGAGAGUUAUUACAUAUGAAAGCGUUGAUAUUAUAAUUAUUUAAUUAAUAAAUUGUUGAUUGUAAUUUUUUAAUAAUUUACAGCCGUGCCUUUGAAGUGAAAACUAGUGUUAAAAUUGUUGAUUUUAAUUGAAAAUAGGAUAUGAAGCAAAUCCAAUGAAAACAUGAAUAAUGAAUAUUUCAUACAUUAAUAGACUAAAUAAAAUAUAGAUCUGAUUUUCGCCUAUUUUGAUUUAUUUAUUAGUUAAGAUGAAUUGUUUCUUAUGAAAAUAUAAUAUCACUCGAAUAAAACAUUAUCUACCCGCAGGGGUUUCAGUAUUCAUUCAUAAGAUUUUAAUAGUAAAUUUAGUGAGAAAAUAGUGUUAAAAUAGUGAGACGGUAAAAAUUUUAUUCCAUAUAAAUGUCGAUGAUGUAAUAUUUGAAUUAUUCUGCUGUUAUUUUGUACGCCACGUACAGUCUUUAUUGUACGUUUAAUUAGAAAAUUUUAAAGACUGAAUUUAAAUGAAAAUUUUACUAAAUUCAAUUAUGCUGUCAUUUACAUUGUGUAAUUUAGUUUGUAGGUUGUGUCGAUAUGUAUAUUAUGUAUUACGUAGUGUGGAAUAGGCUCGUGUAUCGGUGUUUAGAUAAAUAAAAGUUAUUUAAAAUGUAUGUAUCCAGCUUAACCUUUUCGUAUCUCGAAUAUGUUAUACGAAAAUAUUGUAUAUAUUUGAGCUAUAAAAGGGUGCAAAUGUAGAUCACGUGAUUAGCUAAGUAAAAAAGUAGUCGUAUGACACCUAGGCCCCUGUGAUUCAUUUUGUUGAUAUGUAGUAAUUUGUUGAUAAUUAAACGACAUUUGUCAUAAAGA